AUGUAUCCACGUGCUGCAAUCAAUAAUACGUGCCUCGUCGAAAGAAGUUGUGGCUGCGCUGCGCCGAUCGAUCGGCGAUGUAAUUGGUCAUUUGUGGCCCCUUGUCUUUUCCCUCACGCUCCCGAGCCACCUCCUCCCGGAUACACCACCCCUUUAGCAUCGAAUCGCGAAGCAAUGUAAGCUACACCAGUUGACUCCGAGGCCGUGGCCUAGAACCACAGACGCACCAAAGUACCCGUGCCCGUCCGCGGAUUCUCCGUCGCUCGGUGUCGUUUGAUGAAGGCGACUCGGCGUGUCCUUCUUGCCCCCUACUGAUCCCCUUCCGCUCCCCUUCGAUCUCCGCAGGGUCCUCUCCACCGUCCCCGCCGACUCUCGCGUCAAGGAUUCCCCUUCCGAAGCCCACCACGUCUCAUCGACCGUGUACGGCAACUCCCUAGCUAGGAAUGGUAUCCGUCGCUUCGAGUUGCCCGAACAAGAGUUGCCGGCUACGGUCGUGCAACGCUUCAUCUCGGAUGAACUGUUACUGGAUGGCAACCCGGCUUUGAAUCUUGCGAGUUUUGUGACGACGUAUCAAGAACCUGAGGCUGAGCGUUUGAUGUUGGCGUGAGUAAGAUGCGCAUUGCCGGGAUUCCAAAUCGAUCGGCACGUGGCACGUGGCACGUGGGGCGCCGCUGCCCCCGCCUGAUCGAUCCUGCCUUCGUGGAGCCGUGGGCCGCAACAACGACACCGUUCGGCACGACGACAGAGCAUGAGCCUGUGAGCUGACGUACUGGACCGGCUCCUGAACACACACAGAAACUUGUCCAAGAACUUUAUUGAUGUCGAGGAAUACCCUUCGAUGUAAGCCAGCUCAUCUUUGUCGGGCGACUCGCGGGGGGGGGGGUGCCAGAGUGCUGGCAUUCCAGCGCUAGCUUAGAGCUGAUGCUUACUGAUAUGGGAUGCAUUCGCUCACUGGUAGGGGAGAGAUCGAGACUCGUUGCGUCAACAUUGUUGCCCGGUAAGCAUAUCUUCAAUCAUGGAAUCGAGGUCACCACGGGUUCAUACAGAGGCUUACUUAUCUCGACCCCAGCCUCUUCAACGCACCCCUCACCGACCACAAGGCCGAAGCGCUUGGUGUCAGCACGAUCGGAUCGUCGGAAGCCAUCAUCCUCGCUGUUCUCGCCGCCAAGCGUCGCUGGCAGAUUAAGCGCCGAGCCGAGGGCAAGUCGACUGAAAAGCCCAACCUCGUCAUGAACGCCGCCGUCCAGGUGUGCUGGGAGAAGGCGGCGCGCUACCUCGAAGUCGAGGAGAGGUACUGGUACUGCCGACCUGAGGCGUACGUCAUGGACCCCAAGGAGUGCGCCGAACUCUGCGACGAGAACACGAUUCUGGUCUGCGCGAUCCUCGGUGAGUUCGGCUGGUUCUUCCCGAGCACCUGCGGUAGACAUUGAUUCACCGAGAUCGCCUUUGCAGGUACGACCUACACGGGUCAGUACGAGGACAUCAAGGGCAUCAACGACGAAGUCGCCAAGGUCAACAAGGAGAAGGGUCUCGAUGUGCACAUCCACGUCGAUGGUGCCUCCGGGGGAUUCGUCGCUCCUUUCGUCAUGCCCGACCUGGAAUGGGACUUCCGUCUGCCUUUGGUGUGUUCGAUCAACGCUUCAGGUCACAAGUAAGUCUAUAGGGUUUUGGAUCAUCAAUUUGACGUGCGAUAUACAUGCUCAUUCCUGCGCAAAUUUCAACUGCGACAGGUACGGACUCGCCUACGCUGGAGUCGGGUGGCUCGUGUUCAGGGAGAAGAAGUACCUGCCCGACGAGGUGGUCUUCACCGUCAACUGUGAGUUUUGUACAGUCUGGGUAGUCUCGUCAGAUCGUCGUUCCGAAUCUGAUUCACUGACUUUGUGCACUCUUCAUCGAAUGAUCGCCCAAAACAGACCUCGGCAGCCCCCAAAGCAGCUUCACCCUCAACUUUUCGAAGUCAGGCGUCCAGGUCAGUACAGGCUGUCUACGUCACCCAUGCUCGGUGAUCUGAAACUAAUGUGGAUAAUAUUUGAACACACACACAGGUUCUUGGCCAAUGUAAUUUCAGAAUCUUGGGGAAGCCGGCAAGAUCAAAGUCCUGACUCCUGUCGUCUCGUUUUCCUACAGACUACCAAUUCCUGCGCCUCGGCCGCUCGGGCUACGAGUCGAUCAUGUCCAACUUGACCUGCACAGCCGACUAUUUGUCGCAGCAGGUGCUCAAGCUCGGCGGGGGAGAUCUCUUUGAACUCAUGUCCGAGACCGAGGGUCGGGGCUUGCCCCUUGUCGCUUGGAGGAUCGUCAAGGCCGACGUUGGCUUUGACGAAUUCGCCAUCGCCGGUCAUUUGCGCCAGCGAGGUUGGAUCGUGCCUGCUUGUGAGCGAUAAAGAUGUACCAGCGUAACCAAACAGGUGCUGAUGAUCAUCGUCGCCGCUCGCAGAUACCAUGGCGCCUCAUACGGAUCAAAUGAAGAUGCUGCGCGUCGUCGUGCGAGAGGACUUCUCCCGCUCCCGAUGCGAGCAGUUCGUUCGAGACCUUAAGCACACCGUCGAAUACCUUUCCAAAGCGCCCAAGGUCGUUGCUGAAGCUUUGGCGGGCAAGACGCCGCACGAGGUCGAUCAGGAUGCGGAGAAGCAGUCGGAGCAUCACCCUGCUUCGCAUGCGGCCAAGACGAAGCAUGUUGAGCACGAGAAACACUCGUUGAGGGGCAAGCACAAGAAGACGCAUGCAGUUUGCUAG